UUGUUGGAAGAGCAUUGGUUGCGAGACGAGGUGUUUGCUGGCGGGGGCGGUGGUGGGAGUGGAGUGGGUUCGUGGGAAGACGACGAGCCAGUUGGAGACGGGAAGGAUCCAACGCUGAAGCUGUCACCGGUCGACACUGUUCUCGUCGCCUCCAGCAACCCCCACGAGGCUUUUUCGAGUGCUCUGCAGGGCAUCAGGAGUGCCACGUCGCACGCAGAAGUGUUCACAGGCCUGGCCCACCUCCAGUUAGUGGUGUCGGCGUUCUGGAGGACCCGUGGCUUCACUGACGCCGCCUCCAUCGAUCAGCCAGCCUGGUGGGAGGCUGCCGACGUGGACCGCUUCCUCAGAAUCCUGCCCUCGUGCACCGCCGACUACCACCUGUUGAUUCAAUGCUUGGAAACUGCGUUGACCGUCGGAUUGCGACCUCCCUACUCCUCCAUGUUGUCUGGCAGUGCAAAUGCCACCGCCUCGUGGCUUCUGGAGCAGCUUCUUGAACCGAGUUCGCCGCUGGCUUACGUGAUGCGCCGUUUCGACGCCGGCGUCGGUGCCACCGACAGUCAGCGUCUUGUGGAGGUCAAACUGAGGGUCCACUUCGACACCCUGCCGUCACUCUUCAAUGCUCUACUCGCCUGUCAAGAAUUCCUGGGCGACACGCUUGUCUGCGGAUCCGCGAGGGUGCCCGCUGCCGCCGAGUCUGUCGAACCCGUGCAAGCGGACAACUUGGAUGCUCUUCAAUUCCUUUUCCACUGGUCCCUCAAAUUCGUCGAGCAUCAUGUUAAUUUACCACUUGAACGGAUCGCUCCGCUUCACACAGCUGUUCAAAUCCUCGAACGCAUCACAGCGAGGAAUUCCUGGAAGGCCAGCGUCCAGGAAAUUGACGCUACGCUUCAAAGUCUCUUCACUCUAACAAUGCGCCUUAUCUCAGUGUUUGUGAGCCAGUCUGUGGAGACGCAUGCGCACACGGGGACAUUGUGCUCGUGUCUAGCUCUCCUGCACAAUUAUCUGCUUCUUCUUGACUCACCUAAAUGGCGAAACGCGAUUUUGCCAGACGCCGCGUUCGGAAGCGAUUGGCUAUCGUCGCCUUGGCUAUUCCGUUUGAUUGACCACGCUUCUCCUGAGGUCCGAUGUCUGGCGCUCACAGUUCUGGCACAGGUGUUGCUUGUCACCGACGUCCACUCAAAAUUGAUUCAACUCGAGGCGGAGUAUUCGUCAGAGGUGAAUCGAAUGGGAUUCGGAGGCAUCUGGGCUCUGGGUUUUCGUCUCUUGUUGGAUCCGUAUGAAUCACCGAAAAUUCGAUCUGCUGCCGCUCAUCUGCUUGCAAACCUAACAGCCCUUGUUCCAAUGGACGAGGCUGUCUCAAUGAAGGCAUGUUUAAUGGUGCUUCUCCCGUUGCAAGCCGUCCGUAAUUCGGCUCUGGCCCCACUGCUUCUUCCCUCUCCACCGCUGGACGACACAGCCAGCCCGGGCUUCUUUGACAUCAACGAUUCCUUCAAUUCUUGGACCUUCAGCCUCAGUCUGGCGAGGUUGGACGGUCUGAAGUCUCUCGCACCUGCGGCGCAUCGGGUUCUCCGUAUUAUUGCCAACAUUCAGAACGGAGACGCGAUUGAUGUGCCGGAGGCAGUGGUGGACGAAUUGAAUGUCACCGUGGCCGUUUGCGAGUUCAACCCGCUGGUCCCGGUCUUUGUCGAACCGUACACACAAAUACAUAUUGUGGGAGUUGGCGCAAUCCAUUGCAUGUUGGAGGUUUUCGAUUUCUUUCCUUCACUGCAUCUGCUUCUGGAGAACUACCACGCUCUCCCGACUCUGAAAAGCGAUCUUUGGCGGGGCCUAUCGUCUCGGUGUUGCACAUCGACCAUGUCGUCUGAGGAGCGUUCCAUCGAGCCCUUGCAGGUGCGUGGGAGUCCGUCGACGCCGCUUCUCGUGAACCGCGUCUGCAGCCUCCUCGUGAACCUCUCGCAGAUCCUGCCUUCUCUGUGCCUCGCUCGGUGCCGCCACCACCAACUGCUCACCCUCCUCAUGAACAUGAUCGAUCCAAGUUUGUUGGAAACUUUGAACGACGGCGUCGCGGGCAGGGCGCUGGCCUCCGCAUUUUCUGAGAUUCUGCGCUUCUUCCGCUCGCUCCUCGCCGCCAGUGCUCAAGAGAGACUCUUCUUUCUCUCGGACUGCCGUUUCCUGACUCUCCUGGUGAAUUGCUUGACGAUCCCACCGCAGAGUGCUGUGAAUAUGGAGGCACUGUGGCAGGAGACGAUGCUCUUUUUCGUCGCCCUCCUCGAACCGGAGACAGAGGAUCCGGAGGACCUCCUACUGCGCAACGCCCUCCACCCCCUCGCCGCCCGCGUGCGCCAGUGGGGUGGUCUGGUGGUGGCGCGGGUGAUUCGACGCGCCGUAGACGCCAUCAACGCCAGCCGACGCCCCACUGACGCCUCCGGCGACACCUCGAGAUCGGCCGUGUUUGACUUGAUCCACACCGCACUCGCAUUCCUCGCGGUGGUUCUGUCUCGCCGCGCCUCCCGGACUCUGGAAGUCAUCAAGCAGGAAAGCGACUCGGGGCCCACUUCCAUCAAGUCGUGGCAUUCGUCGUCCCUGGAAGAGCAGUCCACCCCCACGGCACGCUUCGACAACCCUAUUCCCGCGGCGUUGGACGGCACCACGGUGCAGGACGUCGACGGACGCGACGUUCCACUCUCGGGUCUGCUUGCCGUCGCCCUCAUUCCCAUCCACACGGCGCUGCCCCAGGUGCGCAUCGAUCUGGACGGUAGUUUGUUGGACGACACAGGCGUCGUCGGUGGUAUUCUGCAGCAUGGCCUCACCUUCGGCCACCGCGAAGCACACCGACAAGCUGUGCAUUCGGCUCUGAAGAUACUGCUCUGCACAUCGCCUCACGCAAAACUGGCUGCUCUCGAGGCUGAUUUUAUGACUAACCUGUUUGGCAAGUGCCGGAGUGUGGUGGAAAAACUAACCCUCAUUCUCCGCCACCCGAUAAAACUCCGGAACACUGGCAGCUUGGAAUCCGCAAAGGUGCCGUCGGAGGCGUCGGCGUCGACUGCCUCCGAGAAGCGUGUUGUAGAGGGUCGUCACCUGGCCUGGCAGUACCUCACCGAUGACCUCCUGGGCUACCUGGAGUUGCUUGGCAACAUGAUUUAUGGCAGUGCGGAAAUCAAGCAAGCCGCCAUCGAGGCGGGAUUGCCGAAGCUUGCACAGACCAUCUGGCACUUGGCACUGAUCGACACUCGCCUGAUGCACGGCCUCCUCUUCUGCCUCGUCAACUUCUCCGCUGACUCGCCGUCGGCUGCCAGUGCCAUUCUCGCCUGUUCUGGACCCCCUACAGACCCCGCCACCGCCGCCGCCGCCGCCAAACCCUCCUCCCACGCCCGACUUGCUGUAGUAGUCCACGCUGCGUUCUGCCGUGGCGGCGGCGGCGGCGGUGAAGUGGGUUUUUCCUUUGCCGACAUCCACGGUGAAGUAAAUUUUUCCCACGGUGAAAUGCGCACGUGCUUUUUUUGUGCCGCAGCUGUCCUUCCCUGUAAUUUACUGCGCCGAAAUACUCACGCUCUUUCUCCUUUCUGCUCCAAACGAACCCGCGCACUCCAGGCCAUCGUUUGUUCGUUGACAAUCGAUGAAUCCAUGACGACCAGAUGGCGAGUGAACGGUUCAGUCAACAACAGGAUCCGUUCUCACAUUGUGUGGCCGCGUGUUUUAGUAGCGGAGUGUGUUUUUGAGCGUCGAUAUCUCCUCCGGCGUUCUGUGACUCACCGCCUCCUGCCUUUUUCUCUCCAGUCACUCAGACUGAUGAAGAAGGCGGGGAGAAAGAAGAAAAACAAGGCGAAGACGACGACGAAACGACACUGGCUUGGGCCGGCCUUGGCGCGAUCCCUGCGCGAAAAGCCCUUGGGUAACGCCAAAGGACGCGCAGUACGGCAAUUAGAUGACGCGAUAUGCGUAAAGUGGGCACGCAUUGAGACCCGUACACGCUUGACCUUUCGACGCGUGAACGCGUGCUGGCACCCCGUAGCGAGUUAUCACCCCUUUUUUGUGCUACCCCCGGGCUGGGAGAGAUAUGAGGAGCUGAGUCAGGCAGGCACACAUCGUCGCCACCACCACUUCUGUCCGAUACUGGGCGUUGUUAUCGUCCCCUCGGCCGAACCGUGUCGGCGCGGAAAUGUGCAUUUCUGGCCACCGGAUGGCGAAAAUUAG